GAUUAUAUAAUCAAAUGAAAUGAAAAUGAAACGAGGGUGGAUUUUGGAAAAGAAAAAAAAAAAAUCAAAGAGGAGACUGGAGAGGAUGUUGCCCCCACCUUCUCUCCCUUCUGUCAACCGAAGAAACUGAAAGAAGUAAAUAAGGACAGAGAGAGCAGGUAGAGAGAGAGAGAGAGAGAGAGAGAGAGAGAGAGAGGCAGGCAGGCAGGCCUAAUUCAGCCAGAAGUGAAGCAGCAAAUGUUGAAGAACCCAAUCAAAAGCUCAUUGAUUUUGACAAUUAGGUGAGUCCUAAACUUUUGGAGAGAGAAAUGCAGAUUACGUACAUACCCAAUACUGCUUCAUUCACACAGAAACCUUAUAUAGGUGACUGAACAUGAAUAUGCAAAGAUUAUUCAGCCAUUCUUGUAGUAAUUCCCAGUAGUUAUGGUGAAUCAGCCUCGUAUAGUUGUUGUUUUAGCCCUUUUGUUCUACCAAUUUCACUCCACAUUGCAACAACUAGGGCCCUUGAAUUCAACUGAGAGAACAGCUCUACUUCAACUCAGAUCAUCAUUAGGGUUGAGAAGCAAAGAGUGGCCGUUAAAAGCUGACCCUUGCUCAACCUGGGUUGGCGUCCAAUGCCAUAAUGGCAGUGUCACUGGGCUCAACAUUUCUGGGUUUAGAAGAACCCGAAUCGGAAGUCGAAACCCACAAUUUUCAGUUGAUGCUUUGGCUCGUUUACCCCUCUUGAGUUCGUUUAACGCUUCCGGGUUCUUGCUUCCCGGUUCGAUUCCCGGCUGGUUUGGCCAGCAACUCGUUGCCCUCCAAGGUCUUGAUCUUCGGUCUUGUUCUGUUAUAGGUCCUAUCCCACCUAGUCUUGGAAAUUUAACAAGUCUUGAUAUUCUUUAUUUAUCUGGGAAUAGUCUCACUGGUGUGAUUCCUUCUAGUUUAGGUCAAUUGUCGCGUCUUUCAGUUCUUGAUCUCUCUCGUAAUUCGCUUACUGGAGCUAUUCCUCCUGCAAUUGGGACUUUGUCCAUUCUCCAAGUGUUGAGUCUUUCUAAUAAUAGUCUUUCUUCUUCGGUACCCUCCCAACUAGGAAACCUUUCUAGUUUGGUUGACCUUGAUCUCAGCUCCAAUUCAUUAUCCGGGUCAAUACCUGUGGAGCUGAGAGGGUUACGGAGUCUCAGAAGAAUCGUAAUUGGGAACAACCUACUUGCUGGCUCAUUGCCAGGUACCUUGUUCAUUCCUCUAACCCAGUUGCAGGUUAUAGUUUUAAAUCACAACAAAUUCACUGGUGACCUACCGGAAAUAUUUUGGUCAAUGCCUGAAUUGCUUUUUCUUGAUGCGUCUGCCAAUAACUUCACUGGUACUCUUCCCAACAAUAUUUCGAAUGCUAAUGCCACUGCUGCAGUAUUGAACCUUUCUCAGAACUCCUUUUAUGGAAGUCUCACAUCUGUACUUAGCAGAUUCAGUUCGAUCGAUCUGUCUGGUAAUUAUUUUCAAGGCCCGGUUCUGGAUUAUGCUCGUGGUAAUGCAUCUCUUGAUAGGAAUUGCCUUCGGAACUUGUCAAGUCAGAGGAGUAGUACAGAAUGUGCCUCAUUUUACAAAGAGAAGGGGCUGGAGUUUGACCAUUUUGGACUCCCAAAACCUCCGGAGAAGAGCCGCAGAAACUUGUUUAUAUUAGCAGUUGUAUGUGGGAUAGGGUUUAUUGGACUUUUGGUAGUUUUGCUGGUGCUGCUUGUUGUGUGCACCCGCAAAAGUCGUGAAACAAAUAAAAGAGGAACAGUAGUGGGACCUGUUCCUGUAGGCCAAAGUCCACCGCCUCCUGGAUCAUCGUUCAAAUUUUCGAGUCUUGGAGAAUCAUUUACAUAUCAGCAGAUUCUUGAGGCAACAAAUAGCUUCAAUGGUACAAACCUAAUAAGAAAGGGCCAUUCAGGCGAACUCUUCCAUGGAAUGUUGGGAGAUGGGACCCCUGUAGUCAUAAAAAGAGUUGUCUCAGACAACGAGGAAGCAUACAUGUUAGAAUUGGAUUUUUUCAGUAAGGUUUCUCAUAUUCGAUGUGUUCCCCUCCUGGGACAUUGCUUGGAGAACGAAAAUGAGAAGUUUCUGGUUUAUAAAUAUAUGCCGAACGGGGACUUGUCAAGUUCAUUGUACAUGAAAUCAAACUCAGACGAUGACUCUUUGCAGUCAUUGGAUUGGAUAACGCGAUUGAAAAUUGCAACAGGAGCUGCAGAGGGUUUGUCUUAUCUACAUCAUGAAUGCAAUCCACCCCUUGUGCACAGAGAUGUUCAAGCCAGCAGCAUACUUCUUGAUAACCAAUUUGAAGUACGGCUUGGGAGCCUCAGUGAGGUUUGUGCUCAAGAAGGGGAUACUCAUCAAAGCAUGAUAACCAGGCUGCUGAGAAUGCAGUCAACAUCCGAGCAAGGCACUUUGGGUUCUCCAACAUCUACGUGUGCCUACGACAUUUACUGCUUUGGAAAGGUGUUAUUAGAGCUAGUAACAGGUAAGCUUGGAAUCAGUGCAUCAAACGAAACCAAAACGAAGGAGUGGUUGGAAGGUACAUUGCCUUACAUAAGCAUAUACAAUAAAGAACUCGUGAUAAGUAUCGUCGACCCGUCUCUAAUCAUCGACGAAGACUUAUUAGAAGAAGUUUGGGCAAUGGCAGUCAUCGCGAAAUCUUGCCUUAAUCCCAAGCCUUUGAGGCGACCCCUUAUGAGAUUCGUCCUAAAAGCCUUGGAAAAUCCUUCCAAGGUAGUGAGGGAAGACCACACCAGUAGCUCUUCCAGGCUUAGAACUACUUCUACAAGAUCCUGGAACGAUGGUUCACUGUCCGGUAGCUGGCAUCGUAGCUCAGUGGACGCGGUAAUUAGCCACGCCGGAAAAGGCGAUGGGCGGAGCAGCUUUAACCGGAUGGAAACCUCGGUUUCUCGGGGAAGCGGACGGAAUGGCGGGGGAGAUUAUUCGGCCUCGGCUAGGCGGCAUUCAACCGAGAUAUUCCCUGUACCAUUUGAUGAGUUUGAUGCAGAGAGAGACGGAAUGAGUAGAAGGGAGAUCCAUUAUUCUUGAUUUUUUUGUAUAUUUGUUAGGGUCUGGGGAUUUUUUGUUUUUGGUUGGGGUUGUAGAAGGGAGUGAGAGAGGGAAGGAUGCCAUUGAUUUGCUCUUGCCAUUGUUUUUGUUUGAGGGCUUGUUUAGUUGUUUAUGGUCAAAACAAGCAGCAAUUUUUUUACUAUUUUUUUUGUCUGUUUGAUUUUUACUGGUCAUUGCAUUGCUUGGAAUGUAGUAAAUUGUAAUUAUGUGGCCUUUUCGUUUGGAAUGGAUUUUCCCUUUAGAGUCGUGAAAAA